CAUAGUGCAAAGGAGGCUAGAUGUCAAUAUUGGCCGAGUGCGGGGACUGCUCAUGGCUUGCUGGUUGAUAAGCUCAUUGAGCACAGGCGGCCAACCCACAACGGCCUAGCCAAAUAUUUACAUGUUUGUAGAGUUGUUAAUCUGUCAUGGGUAUUCCAGGUCAAAAGGCAGUAACACAUUUAUUAGACGUUGUUCAAAAUUUUGUUUCUGUAGUCGAUAUUGAAGAAAUUAUCAAGAGGAACCCAGAAGGAGUAAACCAAAAAGGUUGGCAUGGACUGACACCUCUUCACAAGGCAGGACUUCGAGGCGACCCAAAGGUUACAGAAUUGUUAUUAAAAUAUGGUGCAGAUGUGCAUGCUGUAAAUGAUUAUAGUGAGACUGCAUUACAUUAUGCAUGCAAAAAUGGUAACCUUCUGAAUAUUCAUGCAAUGACCGAACAUGGCGGUGAUGUGCGACAAUUCGAUCAGAACAAUCGCAACACUCUGCAUCAUGCAGCAAUGGGUGGUAGUGUGUUUUGUUUUUAUCCUCAUAGACACAGAGCAUUAGUAAAGGAACUUUCAUACUGGAGUAAAAGCAAACUGCAGCAUAUGCCCCCCAGAGGCCCCCUUUUCACUUGGUAUUUCCUGCUGUUCUUGCCAUUUGUUGCAAUGUCGUGUAUUUUACUCUUUGGACAUUAUGCUGGACCAUAUAAAGGUUUCUUCAGUAUUGUAGCAACAGUGUUUCUAAGUGUAUUUGUGAGCUCAAAAAUUCAUCGAAUGAACCAUAUAUGUAGAUGGCCAAACCCAAUACAUGCUGGAGCAUUCGCUGCCGGGAUACUCCAUACAAUAAUCUGUUACGUGUUCCUCAUUCUUCCAGUUCUCUGGCCACACUUUUAUGCAUUGUGUUUUAAUAUCCCUGCAUUAGCUGUCAUGCUGUAUCUCUAUGUUUUUGUGCUGAUAAGCGAUCCCAGUGUUUGUCGGUCAUCGAGGCCUGGCCCCUCUCUCAGCGAGCCGUACAUGACAGUUGAACACAUUGCAAGGGGAGUUUGCAAAAGCGAUGAUUUCUGUUCUGUAUGCGAGAUUAUAAAACCUUUAAAUGUUAAGCACUGUAGACUGUGUGACAAGUGCUAUUACGGUCUGGAUCAUCACUGCUUAUUUCUUCUUACAUGCAUUGCGAAAAGCAACCACCGAUUCUUCAUAAUGUUAGUCGCAUUGGUAGUCCUUGCACAGUUUUUGUUUAUUGGCUACGGAAUCGAGUACAUACUUGUAUUAUAUGAUCCCCUUCCGGAUGCUAUUCCUCUGAUCACAACCCUAAUCAUGGAGCAAUCCUGGUUUAUUGUGCUAGCUGGGCUAAAUGCUGCAUCCAUCGUCUGGGGAGUCUGUCUUCUUAGUUACCAACUCCGUAUGAUCGCCAAUGGCCUGACAAAUUUUUACCACCUACAUUUACUUAACAACAAUGUAAGGCGACUCAGCACAUACCAGAAGAUACAGAAUCUCAAGAACUUUUUAAUGGGACGUAAAAUCGUUUCUGCAGCUGAUUUUGCAGAUAGAUCAUUUAAGGUUUGAAAUAUUCUAACAUGAAGAUGUUAUUAUUAUAACACAACACUAAAUCAGCGAUUAUUUUGUAUUUCUUUCCAAGAAGCGAGAAAUUUCAAAAUUUGGAGACAGAAUUGGCUGAAUAUUAUUGAUAGAAAAAGGGUAAAUAUAAUACAGUAUUAAAGUUUCGGGCUACUUUUUGUCUGGGUUUCCUCAAGGCUUUGUAUUCUGUGUGUUGUAUAGUUAGAUGUUUAUCAUCAGUAUUAACCAACAGGCUGUACACUUCGUGUGUUGCAAACAUUUCCAUAACUUUUCCCAAUCGAACUUUCAGAGAAAAUAAUAAAAAUUUAAUAAUUUAAAGCAAGUCGAACGAUGGUGAAACCAUGAAACAGAGCCAAAAGUUGCAUACUUCAUUUAUCAUCUUGUAAAGUAUUUCCAUAACAUUCCCAUAGCCAAAUCAUUUUCCAGGACUUCCAAUGUCUUGGAAAAUAUUCAAAUGAUCUUUCUAUGACCUUCCUAAAAUGUACAGACUGUAACUGUAAAGAAUUUUGGCUUUAAUUAGUGUAUUGAGUGAUUUUUGUAUGAUUUAUGUUAAAUUUUGUUGUAAUUGGUAAAGGUUAGUAUGUAAUGUUUUUGUUUUUAUAGUUAUAACUAUACAAUAUUAGCUUUCAUAUACAUAGAUAUUAAAUUAUUAUUAUUAAAGCUAAAGUACAUGUAGUAAGUUUAGGCAAGACUUUUUAUACUUUUCUUUUUGCAAACCUAUCCACCUUUAAUAAUGGUUUGAAUAAAUUUUACCCACCAUUAAGAAAUUGAAUUUUUAAAA